AUGGAGAGACCCGCCGUAACCCUGCACUGGGAAGCAACCACGACACCGACCCAGUUCUCGGGGAGCCCGGGCUCACAGCGCAACACGCCCAGGUUUAGACGCUCCAAGACCGGCUGCAGGACAUGCCGUCUUCGCCGCAAGAAGUGCGGAGAACAGCGGCCCGUCUGCGAAGGCUGCCGGCGGAACCAUCUCUUGUGCUCAUGGCCAGGGAGGCCGGCACCGGAGGAGGAGAGCGGGGUCCCUGACGGCCCAGGCAUGCACGCACUGGCUGCCAUUGCCGCCCGGCCGGGGCCCCGGCAGACCGCCGCCCCGGCAUCGAUGGCUAGCCUGCCGACGGUUUCCAACUUUGUCCACCGAUGGAACGAGAUUGGAAGCCUCGACGAGGUUGGCAAGGCCAAGGUCCUGCUGCAGCAUUACAUCUGCUCCACCGCCUCCCGCUUGACCACUGGCAAGGGCAACAACCCGUAUCUCAGCCUCGUCCUCCCUUUCGCCGAGCAGCACUGGGACAUUCUGCAUGCCCUUCUAGCCAUCAGCGCGUCCCAUCUGUCAUAUACCGACCCUGCAUACGCCUAUCCCACAAAGUCGCACUACGCGGUGGCCCUCAGAGCCGCCAAGAACCAUGUGACGACCGUCGGCCGCGGACAACACGAUGAGGCGAUUCGCCUCCUUGUGCUCCUCGUCCUCCUCUGCCACUUUGAGGUGGUUGAUGGAGAUAUGCGCGGCGCUAUCCAGUUUCACCUUGCGGCGUGCAGGCACCUUUUGCAGCUCGUCUAUGACUCUCUUCACCUGCAAAACAAAGACAUUGUUGCUUUCAUUGCAGAGCAAUAUCUGUAUUUCAACGCUGUUGCUUACAACGUAAGACUCGAUGAGACAGGCCUCGCUUCGAUCGUACCGGCCACAGAGGACCUAGACCAGGACGAAUUCUACCCGCUGCUCAGCGGCUCCAGCGUCUCCGGGUUCCUCUUUGGUACAUCUGUGGACCUCUUCCGCCUGAUACCCAGCGUAGUACAUCUGGGGAGAUGCCCCCAAUCAGACCCAGCAGCCUCCCGACAGGACGAUAUUGCCCUGAGACAGGCGUUCCGCAGCUUGGAGAUGUGCAUUCUGGCAUGGAGUCCGGACACGCUGGAAAGCCGCUUCCUAGCGCCCAAAGGCGUAGAGACACAACCGAUGGACCACAGGGGAGGGCUGAUUCUACAACGUGCCCUCCUCAUUCUCCUCCGAGUAGCUCUUCACGGGCCCGGGCGUCCGGGUGGUCGCCUCCUUGGCGAGGUGAACGAUUUGAUUGGCAACUUCAUGGCAUGUUUGCGAAGAAUCCCACUGAAUAGUUUGACUUGGACCAAUCUGCUUUGGGCAAUCCUGACUGCGGGAUCCUGCCUGCAGGCGGCCGAGGAUCGAGAGUAUCUGAGGAGCACCAUGGGGGCUCAAGGACACAAGAUGCAUACACUAUCGAGCGUGCUGCAAAUUCUCAGCUGGGUAUGGGAAGCCUCUGACUCGGACCUAACCUUUUACGGACCUUACGGCAUUGCGAAGGCAUGUGCGAGGCAUAAUGUUCAGAUUAGCAUGGGUUGACGAGAUUCUGACGAGACAACACGUUGACAGUUAUCUAAUGACUCGUUGAUAUUCAUAGCAAACCGUUCACGUCUUCUAUAGGCGGGCUAAGUCG